GCCUUGACUACCUGCUCCCAUCCCCCCACGCUCUCCAAGAUGUCUUCGCCAUCGGCAUCUGCUCCUGCGUCGACGUCGAGCGCGCCGGCGUCGGGCUUCUCGUCGCUCUUCCAGUCCGCAGGCGGGCCGCCCCUCAUCCUCGUGUGCAUCGCUGCAGGGCUCCUGUUCGGCGCCUUCGUGGGCAUGUUCCUCAUGAAGCGCCUCCGGCCGACCGUGGUCCUCCAGAGAGCAGGCGGAGCGGGGCUUGGUGGAGAGGCGAAGCUGGGCGAGAAGCCGCGGUUGUACGACAUCUACGUCGCGCCACUGGGAGAUGGCAGCGAGGAGAACCCAUGGGCCCACAUAUCCCCCUUUGCUGCCCUGUAUCUCCCGUCGUCCGACGCCGAUGUCAAGACCCCUCAGCCACCUCCGCCAUCUCCCAGCGCACUGUCCCGCGUGACUGCCCGCCUUCACUGGAGUGCACGGCCUAGCAAGGGCCAUGUUCCACCACCGCCUGCCCCUGAGCUGCGCUCCCUGCAGCUCGCGGUCACGGUUUCCAUGCCGAACCCUGCCCUCCAUGCACCGAAAGACGUGGACAUUACGGACGACUACGCUCACGACGACCCCAUGCCGGACUGCUGCAUAGGCACAGCCGUCCUGCCAUAUAGGCUGGACUCGGUAUAAUGACUCUGACGCCCCUUCAUUGGAGAUGCCCCCUAGUUCUUGCAUUGGCGCAUAACAUGCACGGACUGACCUUGAUGACCCGACCCCUCUUGUUCCUGGAUGUAUCAAUAUUGCUACCCUCCUAAUCUGCACGUUCCCGUUCCG